AUGCAGGUGCCCCCAGGAGGCUCGGGAAGAAAGAACUCCAGUACAUCGUCAACUCUGUCUGGAUACCGAGUGUCCUCUACCGCACUGCCAUCAGUGAUGCCAUUAGUCCCAGCCCUUGACACCCUAUUCCGUAAGACGGCGCGCCGUGUCCUCAAGCUACCCCACGACCAUCCCACCGAGUGGUUUUUCGACCCUACCGAUGGUCUGGGACUGGUCCACUGCGAACGUUUCAGCCACAGCCAACGCCACUACCACUUCCUACGUAUUGCCAACGACCGUGUCUCACCUACACAUGACCUCCUCAUGGAAUCACUCGAGGCCUACCAACUGGAUAGCGGACUUACCGACCACCCUCCCGCCUUCCGCAUACCCCCACUUGCCGCAGACGCCACUCUUCUUGGCACGAUACCCCGGGACCUUGCCAUCUUCAAGCCAGCCCUCACCAUCACCACGCUAUGGCACCAACCUGCCGACAGCCUUUCUCUUCGUCCCAAUGACCACCCAAUCUGGGCGUACCACACCCCAGCCCUGGGUACGACCCUCAUCUCCAUCAACAGGCUCCACGCAAAAAAGGUCCGCUGGGUGGGGGACAUUACCAACGACAAAGGCACCAUGCUGCUUAGCCUUGCGUCUAUGGACCAGUCUCACGCUCCAACGGUUUGCUCCCAUUUGGGACGCCAUCCCCAAAACGGAGCCACCCACCCCCACUGGCACUCCGGCAACAAACAUUACAGUGGCCCCCCCACCCUGCCACCCAACCCCUGCCUCCCCCACUGCCAACUCCACAUCGUACAUCCGUACCCUACCGUAUCGGACGUUGAACCAGCCUCCAAACCCAGCAAACACAAGCGGGCAUUGAAAUUGCCGUCGCCUUCUGGCACGAACUCCAUAAAGACUCCGCCAUCUGGUACACCCCAACACCGCGCGAAGCACGCGGCCGCCACCGACUGGUACCAUUACGGGCUGUACGGGGAAAAUAAUCGUACCCUCAUUGCCUCAACUGCGGGGAGCUCCACCGACCUGGACCCGACCCCUACAGGGCACCAGCCUCCCCCGCAUGCAUCGCCGGCCUGUACCGCCUGCCACCGCCUAGCGGACACUACUAUCUUUCUCGACUGUGGUCAAUGGUAUCACAUGGCGUGCAUCCCACACUGCCAAGUCGUUCCGCACCACAGCAUCCCGACCUACGGUCUCCACACCCUUCCCCUACGUGCUAUGCACACUCAUGCCGUCGGUGACGGCAGUAUCAUGCACCAGGGUACCCCGGUUGCACACGGACAUGGAGCUACAUGGGCCGAGACGGCACUACCCUCGCGGGAUCCAUACAAGUACACGCCAGUCACAGCACAUCCACGCGCUGUGAACUCCACAGCAUACUGGCUGGCCUCCAUCAAUCUGGAGAUGCUGCGCUCCAAAUCUGCGACAACACCAAAUCCAUUGGACUGGUUGUUCUCACCCGGUCCCUAA